GCGAAAUGGCAUGACAUCGUCGAACGAUUCGGCGCAACGUCUCCGGCAACAACCUCACGGCCUCAACCCUCAACUCUCGACCCGCGUUCACGACCAUGAACGCUCUCCCGCGCCUGCCGUGGCGCAUACCCUCGCAGUCGACGCAGAAAUGGAGCUGCUUCUUCUGCCAGCACGCCGUCCGUCCAGCGCCGCGCAACCUGCAGAUGCCCCCGGCCGGCCGCCGAGCGGCUUCGACGACGCCUUCGCCGAAGCAGCAGCAAAACGGGUCCAGCUUCGGUGGUGCGCCUUCAAUGGAACAGAUCCAUGCGCACUACAAACGCAAGAAUGCUACGACAGCAUACUACACACUUAGCGUCAUUCUCGGGACAGUCGCCCUGUCAUACGGCUCCGUGCCUCUCUACAAGAUGAUCUGCCAAACGACAGGCUGGGGCGGCCAACCCGUCCGCGCCCACGGCCCGGACGUGGACUACAGCGAAGACGGCCUCGCCGCGCGCCUCGUCCCCGUGACGACGGCCCCGCGCAUCCGCGUCACCUUCAACUCGUCCGUCUCGGACAUUCUCCCCUGGAAGUUCACCCCGCAGCAGCGCGAGGUGCGCGUGCUCCCCGGCGAGACGGCGCUGGCUUUUUACACGGCGACGAACAACUCGGACCAGGACAUCAUCGGAGUCGCGACCUACAGCGUCACGCCGGGUCAGGUGGCGCCGUAUUUCAGCAAGAUUCAGUGCUUCUGCUUCGAGGAGCAGAGGUUGAACGCGGGCGAGACGGUGGAUAUGCCGGUUUUCUUCUAUUUGGACCCGGAUAUUGUGAAUGAUGUCAAUAUGCGCGGUAUCGAGACUGUGACGCUGAAUUAUACGUUCUUCAAGGCCAAGUACGACGAUAACGGCAAGUUCAAGGCGCCUACGCCGUUUGCGAGCAACUAAGAGGAGCAGUCAAUGUUCACGAAACACGGACGAGAUGCUCUUCAUCUACACACCAUACACACCAUCUUCCCCACUCUGACGACGUGUUCUACCUCAAAUCCUACUUGUAUAAAAAGGGCCCUCUAGGCCUCGUUGGUCAAGCUUGUACAACCACUACCGUAUACCCCAUUGGGGGAGAGCAUACCACCAGGCGUUGAAAAGAGCUAUUGUAUUCUCAUGACUGUGGUAAAGGCGGCAUAUAGAUCUAUUGUACACUGUUCAUUCUUCAGUGGCUCGUUACUAUUACCCGGUGAUGAAGAUGCAUCCGUACAGAAGAAAGUUUAGUGUGUGAGGUACCCAUGCAGAGAAACCUCACAUGAGGUAAAAGGAGUGAAGGAUGAAUGCCUCAAUUCCGCAAUAUAACGGCCUGGUAUCAGUCUAGAACAAGGGGCAAUGGUUCUUAUGCCUGGGCUGGGGAUAUAGGUAGUCCCAGAUUUGUUCACUAUGGUCAUCGAUUGAAGGAGAAGUAACAGGAAGCUUGAGUAUCUAACAGCCCUCAUCGCUGACCAUGCGUAACAUCGCCAAAAUAUGUCUUUCCGGGA